AUGGCCCCCCGCUCUCGCGUGGCAGAACCCCCGCCUCACACAGCUUCGGAUGAAGCAGGGUACAUACGAACACUAAAAUUUGGCGGCCAGCAAAUGUAUCCUCGAGCGAUGGAACCUGCCGAAACGAUAUUGCGCACGUCGUUCGCGUUGCGAGACGUGUGUGGGACCAACAAGCUCACAGACAUGGGCUAG